CUUGUAAAGCAGGCGCACCGACCGCGGGGUCUUCUGGUUGUUGCAUAAACAGUGAGACGCACAGUUACUUAACCCGAAUGUUUUCAAUUCAUUCAUACUGAGGAGGAUACAGUUGAGUACAUUCUUCUUCACAACAAAACCAUUGUAGCUAGUGUUGUGCAACUCAGAUGCGUGGUCGUUUUCGAUUUAUUUCAUUUUAAACGUUGUCUACGGCCUACAAGAAGGAACAUAUCGAGACAUGGAGAAAUGCAGCGGGACAACGAAGGCAACUUCUAAAAAAAGAAACGCUUCCUCAACUGAGGCAAGUCUUCCAGACUGCAAAAAGCUGAAAUCGAAGGAUGGUGGCAAGACUAGCUCAAAUAAAGUACAGAACAAGGGUAAGUGAGUGAGUCAAGGUUUUGAGUAGCCUAAAGUCUGCCUGGUAUGCUACAUAGAAAAUGGCCAUGUUCCAGAGCAUCAAAACGACUGCAGCCGACUAUCAACAAAUCACUUUUAAUCAUAAAUAAGGACUCAUAUUAGUCAGUCAGUCACAAUUUACGCAAGAUACAUUGCGGGUUUGAUCCUCUCGAACAUUGCCAAUGGUUUAAAAAAAAGAAAUACGUUAGCCACCUAAAAAUAAUUUUACUUGCCUACAGAAAAGACUAAAAUGGAGAAGGUCUCAAGCAAGAAAAAACACAAAUUCUUGGGCAGCACAGAAGUUUCUCAAAGCUCUAAACAUGCAAGCAAGAAGAAGAUUCAGGAUGGAUGGCUAGAGGUGACAAAGAAUGACAAAGGACAACUUCUAUUUAAAGGUAUGCCUACAUCUGCAACUCUGUUUUAACACAUAGACAUUCCUUCCACAGAAGGCUCAGUCACAAGUCAUUUUUCUUAGACUUCCCACAGUUCCAACCUAACAUGUCACCAAAAGAAGUACUUCAAGCUGGCAGCUUUGGUGGUACCUACUUCAGACCAAUAUACUCAAGUGUCACAAGUGAGUAGCCACACAAAUGUAAAAUCAUUACUUUGGAUGUUAUGACUUCAUUACUAAUGUAGGUUAACCACAUUGCUAAUCACACUUUUUUGUUUCUUUCAUCAUAGAACAACAUUGCGAAGAUGAAUGGAAGGAGCUCCCUGAGGAUUGGCUGAAAGGUUUGAACGUUCCAACACAGGUGAUUAUACGAAACCAAACCUACUCUAUACACUGACUGUGUUUAGGCCUACCAAACCAAAUUAACGAUAAAACACCUAUAAACACAUCCAUUGUAAUAGAGCCACCCAAACAAGCCUGAACAUUUAAAGCUGAUAGAUAUAAUGCAAAGAUAAAGCAUUAUAAGACUUGUCAUAAGCAUGCCCACCAAUGUUGUUAUUAUCUCAUAAUGAUCCUGACUAAGUUAGACAUUUUGAGUCAGCUGGAGAUUUUCUGAAAUAUAAGCCCAAUAAGACAUUACAAGGCCAGGCUGAUAAUAAAUAAUAAAGCAUUAUGUGUGUUAUCAAAUAUGUGUUUCCCCAUGCAGGUGGCCUCGUCAACAUACAGAGACAGGGUAAACACAUACAAAGUGAAGUGUGGAGGCAGUCUAGAAAUGUGGGAAAGCAGUGGAUGGAUUGUAACCCAGGAUCCCUAUGGGUGGUUUCAGUGGUAUUGCAGGUAUUUGCAGAAUAUAUACAGUAGAUUCAGACUGGGUAUAAAAGUCUCCUUUCUAUUCUCCUACAUUAUAGUGUCUUCUUCCUCAGAAAUGUAAAUUCCCUACAGGUUUUACCAGGGUCGGCGUACUAAGGAUGAUGAGCGUCAGAUCGGGCGAUGGGCAAAGUGUGCUGGGGUAAAAGGCAGGUGGAGAAAUAAUCUUAUCACCAAAGUAGUCCGAUCAGGCUGUGGCUUUGACAACCCAACAGUGUCUCCUGUUGUCAGACAGACAUUACAGCACUGGGGGUACCGACUGACAAAGGAGGACUACAAGGAGGGUGCCAAGAGGGUUAAACCAAAAUAACCUUGCACCCUGCUUCUAUUCAUUAUACAGGUACAGCAGUGGAGGCUGAUGGGAGGAGCUAUAGGAGGACGG